AGCUUAUUCCGGCGAUUAGACUUAUCCUUACGAGGAAGAUGGAUCCAUCUAUUGAAUACGUGCAACAACUUCAACAAAAUGUUGCAGAAUUACAUCAAAUGGGAAGACAAUGGGGGAUGACAGAGGAGGAAAUGUCAGAUUGUAUUGAAAGAGUUCUGAAAGAAAAUGAAAAUGUCGUUGUAACUCCAUCCCGAAUGUCUACAGCAAGGAGAAUUUGGCGAUGCUUUGGUUACAUACCUGUGGUAAUAUUCUUCCUGUUUGUGGCCGUGCUGUUCCUCGUGUUAGGAACAUCCUUGCUAUUUUACGUCUACCCAUCUGCAGAGCAUUACGUAUCAGGGAAGCUUCAACCAUACGGUUAUGCAAUUUUUAGGACAAUACGACUCGCAACUUUGCCUCUCCAUCGUUAUUUCAAUAUUUCAAAUCUGUAUGAUUCAGAGUGCAUUUUUAAUAAUCCAUGGUUUGAGGAACCAACAUUCGAGUGUAGCUGGUGUGAAAACGUGAAAGACAUUGAGAGACUAAAUGAUACCCAAGACCAGGAAUUGAUUGGUGAUUUCAUGAGACAAGCCAGACCUGUUAUUUUCAAGAAUUUGGCCAAAGAAGUAAGCUUUGAUGACAUAAGACAGUGGUACAUACAAAACCAGGAUGUUCUGGAUAAAUCGGCUUUUUUCCAGUCCAAUAUUGCAGGAAUGAGCAACCUUCGAGAUCUGUUUCGAGAUGAAAUUGACGAGAACACCCUGGUGAAGGAUGGGACAACCAUCCACUGGCUUACGAGAAACAUGGCUGCCAGUCAGGUAAUCAGGAGGUUGUUUCCUCGUCCAGGAUUUAUUCCUCCAGAGAGUGAGGUAGCACUAGAGAAGGUGGUCUUCCUUGAUGGAUACAAGUCUGACCACUAUGAACUGGUGGGUGUGAUCUUACAGAUGGGGUAUUACAUGCAGGUCUCAGGAAAUCGUAAGGUCAUCAUUACUCCCGUCAAACAUUGUAGAGACGUCUGCAGCCCCAUGCACGCCAUGCUGCAGGAGAAAGACGUUAUUAUGUACAAUCCUUCCAUUUGGAAGGUAGUGGUGAUGCCAAACUUCAAGAAAAAGCUCAGCAUUGGUUUUAUGGGGUCUUUUUCCUUCUCCAACUUGAUCCAUGAUCCCAUAGAGGAGACGGAAAUCGAGCCGGAUGGAGAACCUGGGGCAUCUGAAGAAGAGAAAGGAAGGGAAGAAUCUCAAGAUGAAGAAGAGAAAGGAAUGGAGGAAUCGGAAGAAGAAGAGAAAGGAAUGGAGGAAUCGGAAGAAGAGAAAGGAAUGGAGGAAUCAGAAGAUGGAGAAGAGAAAGGAAGGGAGGAUUUGGAAGAUGAAGAGAAAGGAAAGGAGGAAUCGGAAGAUGAAGAGAAAGGAAGGAAGGAAGCUAGAUGAUAGCAUAUCUUGUGAAUUUCUAAACUUACAUUCCAGCUUUUUACUGUCAAUAAAAUGAUUUCAUUAUGAAAUUGUAGAAUGUGAAAUUAUCAGAAUCGCAGAAAAGCUUAUUAAAUAUUUGAAAGAUCCAAA